GAUCUUGAAGAAUUGGGGGUUACUCACAUGACUGUAAAUCAUAAUGAAUGUUUUGUGGAUCCUGAGAUGGGAGCACAUACAAAUACUAUUGAAGGUACUUGGGGUGGUGUUAAAUUGAAG